AUGUCCCAAAAUUCGAAUUACAUUGAUAGCCCGGACUUUCAAAUUGUACAGAGUAGAGCCAUUAGACAAGAAGUAAAAAAGCUUAAACGUAAAUACGGGGUACUCCUAACAACCUUAUCGCUUGAAGAACUAUUGGCUGGUUCUAAAAAAAAGCGUGGAGACAAAGGAAUUGGAAGAGAGCAGAACGCGUUUAUUCUUUAUAGGAAGGACUUACAAGCUAAACUGAAGAUUGAGGGUCAAAAACUAACUAACGCCGAGAUAUCGCGUAUAGCCAGUGCUAAAUGGCGUAAGGAGAGCAAUACGAUCAAGAACUUUUUUACUGUUCUUGCCCAAUCGGCCACCAGAAUUCACAGAAAGUUAUUUCCCGGCUACCGAUUUCACCCUAAUGCUAGUAGAAAAGCCAAUAAGAAGGGUAAAAACCAACUCGACCAUAAUAAUACUCUUGCAUCAACAUCAGCGGAAGUAGAAAGUUACGAGCUUUCGCCAACGUUCAAUGAAAAAGUCUUGAGUAUGGAUACCGAUGCGGACGACGACGUUACAUCAGACAACGAAUUCUCCGAAAUAGUCUUUAUGGAUUUGAUUCAAUAUCCCCCAACUGAUAUAUCUUCAAGUAGUGAUGCAACUCUAAGCAGUGACGCAUCCCCAAGCAUCAACUCAACUCCAAGUAACGACGUGACGUACGAUGGCUCCCCAACGAAUGACUUUUUUUUAACAGACGAUAUACCUUCGAUCAAUACCUCUCCAAUGAAUAGCAUUUUUAUUACAGACGACUUAACUUCGAGCAUUGUCUCUCCAAUGAAUAACAUGUUUAUUACAGACGACAUAUCUUCGAGUAAUGUCUCUCCAACGAGUGACUUUUUUUUAACAAACGAGAUAUCUUCGAGCAAUGUCUCUCCAACGAUUGAUAUACCUCUAACGAAUGACAUUUUUUUGACAGAUGACACAUAUUCGAGUGACUAUCUAUUAUUUCCUGAAUUAUCAUCUACAACUGUACCGACAAUGGAAACUGACGUUCCGUGCGAUGAGUAUGCAAAUAAUGGAAAUAGCCACAGUAUAUUCGGAGAACUUGAACCCUUAUUUAAUUUUACCACAGAUAGUGAUGAUUACAGAUUUGAGUAA